AUGCCACCAUCACCUGGUGAGAAGUUCCAGCUGCGAAGGGUAACGUACAGUGAACUGAGUGAAGUCAAGAGAGCUUUACUGGGCAUUAGAAAGGAUUGCUCAACUGGGUAUGACAAAAUUUCUAUCAGGCUAUUACAGCCAGUGCUUGAAUUUUUAAUUUCACCUCUGACACACAUGAUAAAUUCCUGCGUCCAAGAGAAUAUAUUUCCUGAUAUUUGGAAGAUAUCUCGAAUUAGUCCUAUACCUAAAGUUGAUAACCCAAAUGGAAAUGACGAAUAUAGACCAAUCGCGAUUUUACUCGUGUUGUCAAAGGUAUUCCAGAACUUGGUGUUGCAACAAAUGCAAGAUUUUAUUAGUAACUAUUGCUUGUUACGAGAAACACAAUCAGGAUUUAGAAAAGGUCAUUCUACUACUACUACAUUAUUGAAAUUCAAAGACGAUAUCACUAAAGCAAUGAAAAUAAGGGUGAAAUAACACUAGCUAUCUUUGCAGACUACUCUAAGGCAUUUAAUACCGUAGACCCCGAAGUGCUGAUCAAUAAAAUAUUCAAGUUGAACUUUUCAAAACCGUUUUUACAUUGGCUAGUUAGUUAUCUGACAGACAGAGAACAAUACGACCAAAUCAAUGACAAACUAUCUAGCAAGGUUACCAUACAAUUUGGAGUUCCGCAGGGCUCCAUAUUGGGCCCUAUAUUAUUUAAUCUCUACGUUGCCGACAUGCAUCAAAACGUUCACUCUGAAGAAGAAUGUCUGCAAUACGCCGACGACUCAACCUUGUACCACCAUUGUAAGGUUGAUGAAUUGGAAGUCGCCAAAUUAGACUUAGAAGAAUCACUAUCAACUCUUAGUGACUGGUCAUCACACAUCAACUUGGUCUUUAAUCAUACCAAGACAAAAAUGAUGGUGUUUACCACAAGACAGAUGGCAAGAUAUCAUGGGCUAGAUCAAGAACAUCGGAUUGAAAUAGGAGUAAAUGGUAAAAAAAUUGAACGAGUUGCACAAUGUAAAGUUCUCGGAAUGCUUUUCCAACAAAAUCUAAUGUGGAAUAAUCAGAUUACAGAACUAUUAUCAUCGUGCUAUGGUAGUAUCAGCGUGUUGAAAAAGAUAAAACGCUUUACACCCUAUCAUAUUAGAAAGCAACUAGCGGAAGCUUUGAUACUUUCUAAGCUGGACUACUGUAAUGUUUUAUACCACGGAAUGCCUGAGUACCUAAUUAGAAGAUUACAGAGAGUGGAAAACACGGCGGCAGGUUUUGUUCAAAGACGAUAUGCUAACACUGAAAAAACUCUCGAGUUAAAUUGGUUACCAGUUAAAGAAAGAAUUGAAUUCAACAUUGCUAAGCUCGCCUUUAAAGCCAUUUACUUUGAAAACUGGCGGUCUUAUCUGCAGGGUCAAUGUAAAACAGCAAGUCAGAGUAUUACGUAG